AUGGCCAGCUGGUUUACCAUGUUGCACAAGGCCGGGGUGUGUGUAAAGGUUGGCUCUCGGGUGCAGAGAGGUACAGAAGAGGAAAGGAAGGGAGGACAGAAGGGUGCAGAGAUGCAGAACGAGGAAGGGCCUUAUAUCCUGGGCACGGUGAUCAUAAUGGCACCUAUUUGGGUCCUGAACGUGCUUCUCCCUGGGCUUUUCCUGUGUCAGAGUCAUGCAUCCCUAGUAGACUCUGAGGAAUCCAUUGGACAAAAGGAUCGAGCAUUCACCUCUGAAUUGCAAGAAUCUAAAGGCAGCCGAGUGGAAAUAAGUGACCUGCAAAGACGAAUGACAUCUCUUCCUUGUGGUAAACCUCCUCCUCUGAAAGAUGGAACAUGGACAAUUGAAUUAAGGACAGCUUUUUACAGAUGCAAUCGUGGUUAUGAAAUGGUGGGGAAUCCAGUAUCACACUGCAUGCCAAACUGUCGCUGGCAGAAUCCAGCACCCUAUUGUGUUGCUGUAUAUUAUGGAACAAAGGGUAAGGAAGGUCUACAAGGGCUACCUGGAUCACGUGGCCCUAGAGGUGACAAUGGAGUUCCAGGGACAAUUGGCUGGCCUGGCCGUGAUGGAGUAGAUGGAAUGCCAGGUGCACCUGGUUCUCCUGGAACAGCUGGUAAUGCUGGAUGGCCAGGACCCCGGGGACCUCGCGGUAUUCCUGGUGAAAGAGGCUUGAACGGACACCAUGGCUUAGCGGGACAUAAAGGAGCCCCAGGAGCUCCUGGAACAAGAGGAAUAAUGGGCCCAGUGGGACCUCCAGGGCCUCCGGGGGAGAAAGGUGAUCCUGGACCAGUGGGACCCAGUGGGCCAAAUACCUUUUUGAAGUUAACUGCAUUUUCAGCUGCACCUGAGGAAGGCAAUCCUGCACCGGGCAGACCAAUUAUUUGGCAAAGAACAAUCUUCAAUACAGAUGGAGAUUUCCAGGCUAACACAGGCAUAUACCGUGUUAGAAUAGCUGGUAUUUAUCGCUUUCAUUAUAUCAUACAAGUAUAUUCAAUGAAUGCUUAUGUAGUUUUCAAAGUAAAUGAUGCUACUGUCUGGAGCACCUUCCAGCCUUUCAAUUCAUUUUAUGAAGUUGCGUCAGCUGGUUUGAUAUUGAACCUGAAUCAUGGAGAUAGAGUUUGGUUAGAGAUUAAAGAUAACUGCAUGGGCGUGUUUGGUUAUUUGUCUUCAUUUGAAAAGGUUUGA